AAAGUCACUAUUUUUUAUGUUUAUAAUCGAUUAACCAAAUUCCAUGUUUUCACCAACAGUUAUGGCAGAUGAAAACCUGAAAUAUAAACUAGGUAUCGGCGGUAAAAGUAGCUGUUUCUGCCUAAGCGAAAACAACGUGCUGUCUUCGGUGACGAGGGAGGCGACGCCGAAGCUCGAAACGAACCUCACCGCCGUAGAGAGAUGGUUCCGUUGCAUGGACACCAAGCAAGAGGGCAUGAUCACCUCCAAGGAGCUGCAGCUCGCCUUCGAAAUUUUCCAGGGCAAGCAUUUCUCCGAGGCGGUGUGCAAAUUCGUGGUGAGGAUAUUCGAUUUGGACAAAAGCGGCGGCGUGGACAUUAAGGAAUUCGAAACGCUGUACUAUUACAUCAAAAUCUGGUUGAAGGCCUUCAAUAACUUCGACAAGGACGGCAAGGGUUUCUUGACGGAGCCCGAGUUGGAUUACGCCUUGCGCCAGUUGGAUAUAAACUUUUCGCCGAAUUUCAUCAAGUUUUUGAUCACGAGGAACAAUCCGAGCGCGAAAGUCAUCUCCUUGGACCAGUACAUUAUAACUUGUAUUCAAAUUCAAAAGUUCACCGAAGAGUUCAAGAGCAGAGAUCCUGAUUUCACUGGAAUUAUUAAUAUUAACUACGAGGGUUUCUUGGAAAUGGUUUUGAGUUGUUUGUGAAUUAUUCCAGGUUUCAAAUACUUUUAUUUUAUGUUUGUUUUCAAUACAUUGAUG